AUGAAGUUAGUAUUAGUAUUUUUGUUGAUGUGUAUUUAUCCAGUAUAAAGUGACACAACAAAUAUUAGUUUAAGUUCGCCAUGUUCAUGCACUCAACUUUUUGAAUAUGAUUGCUAUAGAAAUUUAAAUUGUGUUUGGAAUAACCUAUAGUUAAGAUGUGAAAUCAAAUCAACAACUGAAGAAUCGAAUACAGACACUAACCCUAAAAAUAAUAGUUACUGCACUCAAUUUGGGUCUAAUAAAUGCUGGUAAAUGGAUGGAUGUGCUUACAUUUUAAAUGAAUGUGUUUAAUUUACAUCGUGUUCCAGUUAUCCUUUUAGUGUUCAAAAGCUUUGUUAAAUGGUUUCGAGUAAGUGCAUCACUGACGGUGAAAAAUGUGUUGAACUAGCAGAGUGUAAUUCAUAUUCUACUCCCAUAUCAUGUGUUAAAAAUAAAAAUGGAAAAUAUUGCUAUUGGGAUUAGUAUUGUAUGAAUGCAACUGAUUGUAGCAAGUUGCCAGUUUCAUUUAAGACAGAUGGUGAAUGUCGUGAAUAAUUGUCAUAUUGCACAGUAAAUCCAAGAGGUGGAUGUCAGGUGAGUGGAUACAAUUGUGAAGAUUAAGAGUUUGAGAUGCAAUGCUAUUACAACCAGAAAUUGGGACAAUGUGCAUGGGUUGAUGGUAAAUGCAUGGAUAGAUCAUGUUAAACAGCACCAAAAUCUAUUAGAACAGAUGCAGCAUGUUAAGAAUAUUUUUAGAGUUGCACAAUAGAUAUUGAAGGAGGGUGUAGAUAAAGAACAUAAUGUAAUGAUGUUAUAUUGAAGGAAUCAUGUACAUACAAUGCAAAUGGAUCAUUGUGUUUUUGGAAUGAAGGUAAAUGUUAUGAUAAGAAUUGUGAAAAUGCACCUUAAAAUAUUACUUGCUCAACAUUUUUAGAAAAUUGUGUUCCUAAAUCUGUAGGUGGAUGCAUGAGUAUUUCUGAUUGCUCCAAAUAUGAUUUAGAAGAGAGUUGUAAAAUAGAUACAAAAGAUAAUAAAUGCUUUUGGACAGGAAACACUUGUGUAUCGUAUACUUGUCAAAGUGCUCCUUUAGAUUAUGUUACACAUGAGUAAUGCGCUGCUUACAAAGAAGAUUGCACGGUAAACAAUACUACAUUUAAAGGGUGUUCAGAGAGAACAUGUGAUAAUGCUCCUACUACUGCAACAACCUUUCUAUAAACAAAUUAUGAUUGCAAUAAAUACAAAGAGGGUUGCAUCACUAAACUAGGUGGAGGGUGCAAAUAAUUAAAUGAAUGCAGCGAUAUAGAUGUUGAAAAUGCUUGUGUUGUAGAUAAGUAUGGUAGAAAUUGCUUCUUCUACAAUGGCGUGUGUGCCUUAAGAAUUUGUGAAAAUGCUCCAAUCUCUUUUACUAGUCAUGAAUAAUGUCAAGAUUUCAAUUAGGAAUGUACUGUGGCAAGAACACUAAUUGGCUGUGUCAAAAUGACAUGUUAAGUGCUUACAUCCCAAAGUACUUGUAAGGUAGAUCUAAAUGGCAAUCGUUGUUAUUGGACUGGCCUUUGCUAUACAAAGACUUGUGCUAAUGCUCCAUUUGAAUAUGAUUCAGAUUUGAAAUGCAAGACUUACUUAAGCUCAUGCACAAUUGCCAACAGUGGGCGUGGAUGCAUAACAAGACCAGUUUUAUGCAAUCAAUUAGUGCUCGAGGAACAGUGUUAUAUUACAUCUAGUGGUUAGAUUUGUGGUUGGUUUGAAGGAGCCUGUUACGACAAGGCUUGUUUCACUGCACCCUACACAUCUGAUUACGAUACAUAUGAAGAAUGUGAUAUGUAUCUGAGUGGAUGUACAGUAGCAAGUGAAGGUAAUGGCGGUUGCAUUCCUUUGGAUGCAUGUACAACCUACACUGCUUAGAGAAGUUGUCGAUUCAAUAAUUCCAAUUUACUUUGUGAGUGGACUGGUAAUGCUUGCUAUGAUAAGUCCUGUACCACAGCUCCUUAAGAUGCAGACCAUGACACAAAUGAGAAAUGCGAGGCAUAUUUAACUGGAUGUAUCGUUGCUCCAAGUGGCUAGGGAUGCAUUGAAAAACCUUCUAGUUGUAAUAUGAUGAGUACAAGCACUUAGUGCACAGAUACUUCAACUAAUUCACUCGGAGGACCAUGUGUUUGGGUAAACUCUUGUGUUAACAGGACUUGUGCUAAUGCUCCUGUCUCUACUAAUUAUGAUACUCAUUAAGAAUGCUAUACAUUUCUGGCUUCAUGUACUGUGGUUGCUACGGGUAUUGGAGGCUGCAUGACACAAUUGAGCACUUGCUCCUUGUAUACGACAUUUAGAUCUUGUUAAUUAGCAUCUAAUGACCAGAAAUGCGCUUGGUAAUAUAACUAUUGUUACAAUCGGCAAUGUACAUAUGCUCCUGACACAAAUGAAUUUGAUACUGAUACAGAAUGUAGUGCUUUUCUUAAUACUUGCACCGUCGUCAGGAGAAUUAGUAAUUUAGGGUGUACUACUAGAUUAAGUUCUUGUUAAGAUCUUACAGAGCAACAAUGUAUUAAUGAUAGUUCAAACACGAUAUGUACUUGGGACACAACUCUCGCUACACCUUAUUGUAAAACUAGAACCUGUUCAUUAAUGAUUGGAUUUACUUAUACUUAAUAAAACUGUAAGAAUUGGUUAACUGGAUGUGUUGUUGAUAACAAUUCACCUCAUACAAGUUGUAUAACAUAGAAAUCUUUGUGUAGUCAGUAUACCAAUGUAGAUAAUUGCGAGUUAUCCACUAGUAAUGGAUAUUGCACUUGGAAUGGUACAUCUUGUGUUACGCGUACUUGUUCUGCUACUUAAAAUAUCACAGAUUUUAAUCAUUCCACUUGCAAUACUUGGUUGUCUUCAUGCACUGCAGGUCCUCCUACAAGUUGUAUUUAGAAACCAACAAAUUGUGCUGAUUAUGUUAAUUAUGACUAAUGUUAUAAGAAUUAUUCAGAUUAACCUUGUACUUGGUAUAAUGAUGCAUGUAUUGAAAAGACAUGUACUAAUCAUGGCUAUUCAGUUACAGUAUUUAAUUAAACUAAUUGUAACAAUUGGUUAUCCUCCUGCUCUGUUAAUCCAGGUGGCACUGGAUGUGAAACUACUAGAACUUGUGCCAAUUAUACAGGAUCUUCAUUCACUCAUUCUGAUUGUAAUACUUGGUUAACUAAUUGUACAACUGAUGGAUCUUAAUGUGUGUAUAAGACUUGUACUAAUUAUGGUUCAAAUGUGACUACAUUUAAUAGUUCCACAUGUUCUACUUGGUUUAGUGAAUGUACAAAUGAUGGGACAACUGCUUGCAAGAGUGCUAGAACAUGUACUAAUUAUGGAAGCAAAGUUACUAUAUUUAAUCAUACAAAUUGUACAAAUUGGUUAUCCUCAUGUACUAAUACAAAUACAGCUUGUGCAGCUAGAACUUGUACUAAUUACGGUCAGAAUAUUCUAUUCUUUACUCAUGAUACUUGUAAUGCUUGGCUAUCUUCAUGCACUGUAACUUGGGAUAAGUUGGGUUGUGAAACCAAAUCCUGCACUAAUACUGGUCAAUAAAUAACUACUUUUAAUACUUCUAAUUGUUAAGCCUGGUUAUCUGAAUGCUAAGCGAAUGUGAAUGGAACUGCUUGUGAGUCAACUAAUGCAUGUACUUCUGGAGCAUAUACAAAUGCUACUAAUUGUGGUAACUAUCUAGAAUCAUGUACAUAUACAAGUGGAUCAUAUUGCACAAAUAAGAAUUGCGCAUCUCCAUCAGGAAUAACAACAUACAAUCAUAAAACAUGCACCAAUUUCUAUAAAUUGUGUACCAGUAAUUCAGCAUCUAGUGCUUGUGAGUGGAGAAAUUGCUAUAAUCAUAAAGGAUUUAUCUCUUAUUUUACUCAUGAAUCAUGUGAAAAUUGGUUAUUUUAAUGCACAGUAAAUAGUACAAAUACGGGAUGUACAGUAAAGACAUGUACUAAUUAUGGUAGUCAUGUCACAUCAUUUACAAAUGCAGAUUGUAACAAAUGGCAUCCCUCCUGUAAUGGAGCCACCUCAACAUGUUAAGAAAGUAGAACGUGUACAAGUGCUCCAUCAGGUUAUCAAUAUGAUCAUAGUAAUUGUGAGGCUUACUCCUUAAGUUGUACUAAGAAUACUUCUUCAACUUGUAUGACAAAGGAUUGUUCGAAAGCUAGUUUGGUAUUUUCAACAUUCACUCAUGCUAUUUGCUCAGAAUGGCUCAGCACUUGCACAUCUGACGCUACAGGUGUUUCAUGUACCAGUAGGACUUGCACGAAUUACAAGGAUCAAUUAACCACAAUAAGUCAUGCAACAUGCAAUGCUUGGUUAUCAACAUGUACUAGCAAUGUUGCAGGAACUGCAUGCGAAACCAAAACCUGUUAUAAUCAUGGAAGCCAAGUCGCAGUGAUAGACAAUACAAAUUGCAAUAGUUGGAAGAGCGGUUGUGUUGGAGGAGGAUCUACUUGUAGGGAUUCAACAAAUACAUAAUGUGGAUCUUAUUCAGGAACCAUUAAUCAUGCAAAUUGUACAGGUUAUUUAAGUACAUGCACAAAUUCUGGGAGUUCUAAAUGCAUAGUGAGAACUUGCUAAUUAGCAUCUUAGGCUAUAUCAAUAUUUAAUCAUUAAAAAUGUACUGAAUGGUAUUUGGAAUGCACAGCUAAUUCAGAUGGUACUGGAUGCUAAUAUAGAACAUGUUAUAACUAUGGAGAUUAUAUAACUACAUUUACAACUGCUACUUGUUCGAAUUGGCUACAUGGUUGCAAUGUUAAUUCAACAAAUGAUGGAUGCGUUAGUGAGCGUACAUGUUCUAAUUAUGGAUCUUAUAUCAAUGAAUUUACUCAUGAAAUUUGUAGCAAUUGGUUGAGUACAUGUACUGUUGACUCUGGAGCCACAGCUUGUAUUGAUAGGACAUGUACAAAUUAUGGAAGUAAUGUGACUGUGUUUAAUUAUACUAAUUGUAAUGCUUGGUUAGAUGGUUGUACUGGAACAGGCAGUGUGUGCGAACCAAGAUCUUGUAGUAAUAGUUCAACGGGAAUCAGUUCAUAUACUGAAGCCAAUUGUUAUAAAUGGUAUUCUUACUGUAAAGUAAAUGAUUCUCUUAAUGAUUGUGUCAGUACACGUACAUGUACUAAUUAUGCAAGUAACAUCACUACAUUUAAUCAUUCCAAUUGCAACACUUGGUUAUCAGAUUGCACUGUUUCAGCAGAUGGACUCACUUGUGAAACUAAGACUUGUACUAAUAGUAAUAUAACUGCUGGCAAUUUCAAUUUAAAUAAUUGUAAUUCAUGGUUAUCUGGAUGCAUCGCUAAUUCUACAGCAGAUAAUUGUGAAACUGUUAAAACUUGUAAUAAUGCAGUUUCUAAUCUUACUACUUUUGAUCACUCAACUUGUUCUGGAUGGAAGAGUACUUGUACUUACGAUAAAGCAGGCACUAGUGAUCCUGGAACUAGUUGCAUUGAAUUUACAUGUGCUAAUGCAUAAUUAACUACUUUUGAUCAUACUAAUUGUAAUAAUUACAAGAACACUUGUACAGUGAAUUCCACCAAUGAUGGAUGUACUGAUUUCAUUUGUUCAGCUGCAGUCAAUGUUAUAUCCUCAUUCACUCACUCGGAUUGCAACAGUCAUAAAUCUACAUGCACUGUGAAUAGUGCUGCAGACAAUUGCGAAGAUAUUACUUGUGAUAAUGCUGCUCGUAUUCUAGCCCUUUCAAGUGGUUCCUACACUCAUUCCGAUUGCAGCGGAUGGUUAUCAUCCUGUACAGUCAAUAGUGCAGCAGAUGGAUGCGAAACUAAGACUUGUGCCAAUGCAGUUAAUUCUCAAACUGUUGAUUCAUCAUUUGAUUGUACAAACUCUUGGCUAUCUACUUGUGAAUUACACUCUUCUGAAAGUUCCUGCGUUGAUAAAACAUGCCUUACUUUUAGAGGUACUUUAUCCAAAGCUAAUUGUAACAACUACUUUACUGGAUGCACUUAUUACGGAAACUAUGAUAAUACUUCAUCAUGUACUACUACAGUCAGAACAUGUGCAAGUGCUGUUACAGCUCAUGAUAAUGGUUAUGAUGUUGUUGAUUAAGCAGGAUGUGAUUCUUGGAAAGAUGGAUGUGCACACAGAGGCUCUGGCAAUUAUGGUUGUGAAGAAAGAUCAUGUUCUAAUUAUGUCAGUGCAAAUCAAUCUAAUCCAACAUCUUAUGCAUAAUGCAAUACUUGGCUAUCAACAUGUACUUUUGAUAGCCUAAGUUCAAUAUGUGUCGAAAAAACUUGUUCGAAUUUUUCAUAAUCAUCCCCUUCCUUUAAUAAUUGUUAAGCCUGGAAUCCUUUAUGUACAAUCAAUUCAACAUCGACUGGAUGUGAAAAGAAAAAUUGCACUAACUAUUCAUAUGUUUCUCAAGUCUUUAAUGAUAUUAGUUGUUAAGCCUGGUUUAUUAAUUGCUAAGCUAAUUCUUCAAAAACAGCUUGUGAGGCCAGUUGCACUACAACUAGUGUAACAACAUAUAACUUUGAUAAUUGUCAAAAUUGGGACACUAGAUGCUCUGUUAAAAGUGAUAACUCUAAUUGUGAAGUCAGAAGUUGCUCAAAUCCUUCCCUUUCAGUGUAUACAGAUACUUAAUGUUCAGCUUGGUUAUCCACUUGUACAAAUAAUAGUAAUACAGGAUGUAAGGAUAGAACAUGUUAUAACUACUCAACCAAUUUAUUGUUGUAUAAUUCAAGCACUUGUGAAUCUUGGUUGUCAACAUGCACUAAUUACAAGACCUAAGGUUGUAUGCCUAAAACAUGUGAUAAUUACUCUGGUACUAUUAAUGAUAGCAAUUGUUAAUCAUAUCUAUCCUAUUGCGUAGCAAAUACAACAAAAACAAAAUGCAUGACCAGAAGAACUUGCACUAAUCAUGGAUCUGCAGUAACAACAUUUACCCACGUCAAUUGCGAAAAUUGGAAUAGUAAUUGUACUAGUAAUGGUGGUGGCACUGCUUGCAUUUAAAAAACCUGUAGCAAUAUAAGCACAAGUGCAGUAAUAUAAAUUAAUUCAUAUACAUGCAACGCCUGGAAAUCCACCUGUGCUUAUAUAAAUGGAAGCUGUGUAGAUAAAACAUGUAGUAAUUCAGGUUUGGUUGGUAGUGAUGUAACUUUGGCAAACUGUAGUGAUUGGUUACCUUAUUGCAAAGCCAAUAAUGCUAUUUGGCCUUAAUAUUGUGAAUUAAAGACAUGCUAAAAUCAUUCUUUGGGAACAAUAAACUAAGCCAAUUGUUAGAGUUGGUUGUCUUAUUGUAGAGUAAAUUCAGCAGGAACAGCUUGUAUGACUGAUCGUACUUGUAGUAAUUACGGGAUCAAUAUUUUAACAUUCAAUCACAUUAAUUGUGAAGCUUGGUCAUCUUAUUGCACAGUGAAUGCUACAAAUAAUGGAUGUAUGAAUAAGACUUGCUUUAAUACUAAUUUGAGUGUGUUUAAUGAUCAAACUUGUGGGUAAUGGUUGAAUACGUGCAAAGCCAACUCUUCAAACACUGGAUGUGAAAUAAGAACUUGCACAAAUUAUGGGAAUUAAUUAACCAGUUUCACUUCAGCUACUUGCUCAUAUUGGUUAUAUUAAUGUACCAAUAAUGGAUCUACAGCUUGUAAGACAAUUAGAACAUGUACCAAUUACAGUAAUUUGAUAUAAACUUUCACAUUGUAGACAUGUUCCGAAUAUCUAAGUUAAUGUGUUCCUGAUCCCACUCAAUCAUCUUGUUUAGCAAGAACUUGUGGUAAUGCAUAGGAAUUACCCUCGUAUACACAUUAAAAUUGUUCAAAUUGGUUGAGUAGCUGCACUGUGAAUUCUACUAAUGAUGGUUGUGUUGAUAGAACAUGUUAAAAUGCAUCUCUGUCAUUCUACAAUUAUAAUAGUUGUUCUAGUUGGUUAAGCACAUGCACUGUAAAUGAUACUAAUGAUGGCUGUACUGCUAAAACAUGUAGUAAUAGCACUGUUACUUAAUUUACAUAAGCUAAUUGUACAGCUUGGUUAAGUACGUGUACAAAUGGGAAGAAUGCAUGCAUUAAUAAGACAUGUGCAAAUUAUACAGGUACCAUCAAUUAGACUAAUUGUGUGGCAUGGUUAUCAUAUUGUUAUGCUGAUUCUGCAUCUCAAGCAUAAUGCUAUAGUUUGAGGAAUUGCUAUAAUCAUAAUUUAAGUACAUUUACGGUUAGUACAUGCAGUUCAUGGUCUCCCCUAUGUACAGUUAAUACUUCAAAUGAUGGAUGCAUUGAAAAGAAUUGUUAUAAUAAUAAUUUAACAAAAUUCAGUCAUGCCACAUGUUCGGAUUGGUUAUCAACUUGUACAGCAAACAUUGAAGGGACUGGCUGUGAAAUUAGAUCUUGUACAAAUCAUGGAAGCAAUAUAACCAUAUUCAAUAAUGCCAAUUGUUCUGCAUGGUGGAAAUAUUGUAAGGUAACAACUUUGGGUACUGCAUGUGAACCAUAUACUUGUUGGAAGAAUAAUGUGAGUGUAUUCAAUCAUACUAAUUGUUAUAACUAUUUAGAUUAAUGCACUGUUGCUGAUUCAACAUCUUGUGGAUCUACAAGAACUUGUACUAAUCAUGGGAGUGCAGUGACCGUUUUUAAUCAUGCUAAUUGUUAAUACUGGCUAACUAAAUGCACUGUAAAUGCUGCAGGAACAGCUUGCGAAGAAAUGACAUGUACAAAUCAUGGAAUCUAAGUAAGUACAUUCACUCAUGCAAAUUGUCAGAAUUGGAUGUUUGAUUGUACUGUUAAUGCAACUGGAACAGAUUGCGAAUUGAAAACAUGUUCUAAUUAUGGUGCCAAUGUAGUUGUUUAUACUCAUGCUAAUUGUUUAGCCUGGUUAUCUACAUGUACAGCCAACACAACAAGUAGUGCUUGUGUUAAUAAAACUUGUCUAAAUACCACUGGUAUCAGCACUUGGACAUAGGCCAAUUGCCAGGCUUGGUUGAGUGUCUGUUAGUUAAGUAAACCUACUACUUGUACAUCUAAUGUCAGUAAUUGUUCCUCUGCAACGUAUAACUAAUGUGUUAAAGAUACUAAUAAUGAUAUUUGCGUUUGGCAUCAGAAUGCCUGCAAGGAUAGGGCAUGUAACAACUUUACUGGAACUGCCAAUCAUACUAAUUGUGAAACUUGGUUAAGCAGUUGUACUGUCAAUACAACUAAUACUGGAUGCGUCACUAAACCUACUAAUUGCACUACAGGAGGUGUGACUGAAAAUUAAUGCGUGAUCAGUAGUUCUAAUGUAAAAUGUGCUUGGGUUGGAGGUACUUGUGUGAAUAAAACUUGUACUCAAUAUUCAGGUACUUUUAACCAUACUAAUUGCUAUAAUUGGUUAAAUACUUGUACUGUUAAUAGUGGUGCGACUGCUUGUUAAGCUUUAUCAUCUUCAUGUACUUCAUACACAGCUGAGAAUUAAUGUAAUAUCACAAGUUCUGGCACAGUUUGCUUUUGGGAUUCUACUACUUGUGUUACUAGAACAUGUGAACAUGCUUCAUAAACCACUGAUUAUAAUGAUAAUACUAAAUGUAGCAAUUUUUUGAAUUCAUGUACUGUUGCUAGAUUUGGAGGAUGCACAGAUAAAUUGUCAACUUGCUCAUCUUAUAAAUAGUAGUCAUAGUGUUAUUAGAGUUCAUCUGGAGUUAAAUGUUAUUGGAAUACUUUAACAUCUCUAUGCGCAGAUGCUAUUUGCACAAAUGCAUUAUCAACAAUAACCACACAUGCUGAUUGUUAAAGUUUCUUGAAUACUUGCACAGUAAAUUCUCUAGGAGGUUGUAUACCUCUAGCUGCAUGUAAUCAAUACACAACUUAACUAUCUUGUGUAAUAUCUAAUACAGGAGACACUUGUGAGUGGCAAUCAGGAACUUGCAAUAUUAAAUCUUGUGCAACUGCUGCAUAAGAUGCCACCAGAGACACUUAUGAAAAAUGCCAAGCCUAUCUUCCAAAUUGCACAGUUGUUGCUACUGGAAUAGGUGGUUGUGUUGCUCUUAAUGAUUGCAGCACCUAUACAUCAGAAAGAUAAUGCAAAAUCAAUAGCAUAGGUUCAUUAUGUGGAUGGAAUGGCUUAAUUUGUGCUAACAGAGCUUGUUCCACUGCACCUCCAACUGUAACAUAUAGUAAUGAUUAUGCCUGCUAAGAUUAUAUGGAUGGUUGCACAGUAGUGGAAACUGGAUUUGGUUGUCAGUCUAGAAAAUCAGAGUGUUCCGAUUAUAAAGUAAGUAAACAGUGUGUAAAAACAACAUCGAAUUAAUUCUGCUAUUGGAAUACUGAAUUACCUAUACCUGCUUGUGAGAAUAGAACGUGUUUUAAUGCUCCUAGUAAUUCUCUUACUCCUCAGUUAUGCGAAUAGCACUCCAACCUAUGUUAUUCAAAUAUGCAGUAUUGCAGACUAGAAGAAUGCGAAGAUCUACUAUAUUAAACAGAUUUUGAAUGCAAAUACUUCAAUAGUAAAUGCACAACUAAUGGUACUAAUUGCAUAGUCAGAAAGAAAUGUUAAGAUGUAAAAAAUAGUGCUGGUUGUGUUACAGAUGAUUAGUUUAAUGAAUGUGAAUGGUACAAUCAAGAGUGUGUAUUAAAAUCUUGUAGCACUGCACCAGCAUAUACAACUGAAGUGGAAUGCAAUCUCUAUAAAGAAGGAUGUACAACUAAAUUAUUUGGUGGUUGCAGAGAGAAGACUACUUGUUCAUAUGCAAAUGUCGAAUAAGCAUGUACCACCUCCAACUCUGGUGAGAUCUGUGUUUGGAAGGAUGGUUUUUGCAGAUCUUAGAGAUGUGAGGAUUUUGAUGGUACUUAUGAUGAAUUUUGUGAUACCUAGAAAAAAGGUUGUGUUAGUGAUGGAAUCAAAUGUAUUUUACCAAGAUAUUGUUCAUAAAUACUCUUAAAAGAACAAUGCUUAAAAGGAGUUGAUGGACCAUGUGUAUGGUAUGAAUAUGGUUGCACUCUCUUUCUCUCUUGUUAAAGCAUUCUAAGUAACCUAGAUAGAGUUUGUAAGUCUGCAAAUAGUUUAUGCACUACUGAUGGAUUCUAAUGUGUUGGAUUGGAGAAAUGUGCUAAUUAUAGAUUGUAAGAACCUUGCAAAACUGGAUUGGAUGGAAAUUGCUAAUGGAUUGAAUCAUCUAAGAAAUGUCUAUUGUUUGCCAAGUGUACUGAUUUACCAUUUUUAACUCACAGUGACUGCCAAAAUGCUUCUUCCAAAUGUACAACAGAUACUUUAAACGGAUGCAUUGAAUUAUAAUAAUGUUUCAACUAUUCACAGAAAGAACAAUGCAAAAUCAGUUCUUAACCCCAAAAAUUGAUUGAUAAUUAAGUACUACAAACAGGAUAUUGUGCAUGGAUUAAUGGUAAAUGUAGGGAUCAAUUAUGUGAGGAUUUAAGUGGUGAAACACAUGAAUCAUGUCAAACUAAACUCAAAGGAUGUACUUCAGAUGGUACCAAUUGUAUUACUAUGCAACCAUGUUAACAAUAUUCUAAUCUUAUCACCUGCAAUCUUGCUUUAGGAACUGAUGGGAAAUGCUUUUUUUCUAAUUUUGGUUGUAGAGCUCUCGAAUGUGCUGACAUUAAAAAUGGAACCAAUCACUUUAUAUGUUAAAGUUACAAUUCAAGUUGCAUUUCUGAUGGAGUCUAAUGCAUAUCCCAAACGAAAUGCCAAAAUUAUCCGAAUUAUCUGGCCUGCACUUUCAAAGGAGUAGAUGGACAAUGUGCUUGGAAUGGAUCUAAUUGUAAUUUGAUGAAAAAUUGUGAGGAUGCAAUUAUUGAUAUGAUAGCCUGUCAGAGAAUGGGUGACUUAUGUAAUUGGACCUCAUUUGCUAAUGGCACUACUACAUGUCUUCCUCACACAUGCUAAACCAAAGGAGUUCUCAAUCAAUGCAAUUAUAUCAAAGAUUUCAGUGGUUAAACUAUAAGCACAUGUUUGUGGUCCAAUGAAAUAUGCUAAUCAGUAGAUCCACGAUAUCUUCAAAGCACUGAAUGCAAUUUCAACACUUUAAACACAUAUAGGUGGAAUCCAGUAAACAAUACUUGCGAGUCCUGUUCUCCUUAACAAGUCAACAAUACAAAUACAACUGUAGUCAGUUAUCUUCAAAUAUUAUCCAUAGUGAUAAUAUACGCAAUAUUAUUAUGA